ACUUCUUGGUUUCAAAAUGGCAGACACCUUUUGACAAUCCACGCGCUUGACCAGUCUGCUCCAUUCCAUUCACAACAACCCGCGCACUUUAUCAUACCUCGCCGCCCCACCGUGAAACGCGUCUGGGACUUUAGCGAAACUCCAGGCGCCUCGUCACAGAUGGUCAGCUGCUAGUCUAGUCGCGCCGAGCUCGCCGCUCGUCUAUCCGGUGGUCCGUUUUGUUUUUGAGAAUUCUAAAAUCCAAAACUCGUCUAUCCGGUGGUCCUGAGCCAUUCUAGUCCCACUGAUCGUUUUAGAGCCCGCUUACUGACAACGACGGACUCUAACUUAAUCUGACUUGCGCCAUCGUCCAUCGUCCAUCAUCCAUCAUCCAUCGUCCAUCGUCCAUCGUCCGCCAGCGAUCGCCAUCAUCGCAAUGAUGACUCGGUUGCGGUGCCGUCUCGCGCUGCCGAUUGCCAUGACCACUCUCGUCGUCGCGUCGCUAUGGGGAUUAACGCGCGCAAUAGAUGCUACCGCCGCCUCGCAACAAUGGCCGAAAAUCCUAGUGCACUCGGAGUCGCCCUUAAAGCCGUGCCUCCUGGUAUACCAAGGGAUGAAAGGUGUCGCCACCAUUUCCUCGUUAAAGUCACGAUCUGGUGAAGAUUCAGUUUCCUACUCCCUCGUAAUCUCCGGAACCGCCUUCCCCCCUGCACACUCCAGCCUCGUUAUAGGCAACCCCUGUAACCCCCUCGCGUCUCCAAAGCACUUUCUCUCUGUGAACGGAACCUGGGUCGCGUGGUCCUACAACAACCAACCCGCCUGGAUGUUACAGGGGCGGGUUACCACCCCAUCACUGGUCCGCGCUGUCCUAUCCUAUGGCCGAUCCUACGGUGGAAAAUUGACCGAUCUACACGUAACAUACUAUGGUAAUCAGACAUUGGCGGGGAGAAUGCAGUUUCUUGGUGUGUCUGCCAUGGCUCCCCUCCCUAGACCUACUCUUUGGUCCAAAGUGGGCGGGUCUGCUGCAGUGGCAUCUCUACCUAUUCCCAGACCUGUUGCCAGACCUGUGGUUUCUGGGGCUCCUGCUGUGGCUGAUGGGCUUGAUUCCGAGCCUUGGCUUGAGGGUAGCAGACAAGGGAGGCCACUGGGGCAAGGAAUGAGAGGCAGAAAGGAAGCUUACUAGCGAGUGGUAGGGUCCUGAUAGGUGAAGGGCGGUUCUGCAUUGGUGGUGAAACAAUGCUACGGCAAUGCCUAAUUCUUUCAUUUUUUAUGAGAUUGUUAUUGACGAAUAACAUGAUACAGUGGCA